AUGGGAGUCGCACUUGUCUUGGCUGCUAUUUUGCAGUAUCGGCUGGGUGAGGCUUCAAGUCCCCGCGAAUGCCACAACAUUAUCAACAACUGUUAUGGAUACGACCGAUCCGACGUCUGGUUCGCCCUAGCAUACAAGGAGUGCCUCACGGUUUGCCCUCAUGUUGGUCAUGGUGGAGAAUGUCGCGACGAAUGUCAGUGGACGACCGAAGGUUGGUGGAGGGUGAACCGGAUGGACCAGGUCAAGGUUUGCCUGGAAAGGCAGGAAACCUUGUAUGCCUUUUUUCAUUGGAACCGUGACAGAACUCCUGACAGUACCGCCAUCACGUUCCUCAGUGGAAGGUAUCGGUUCUGCCUACAGAAAGGUGAAACAAAGGUUCACGAAUUGAAGCGAGACGGCAGGACCCUUUAUUUCGAUAAGCUCGAGGAGCAUGAGGCUGACGAAUGCUGGAGGUUGAGUAGAGAAGCCAAGAUGAGGACCUUCACAAUGGUGGACGAUGGCUCAUACGGCAGUGCCACAAUAAGUGGCUCCUGUGCAGGAAAUGCCAGAUCUAUCAACCAGAGCGAGGUAGUGAGAUUCACUGCACCAGAGCUUUUGACGGAAACUAACUCCACCGUCCCGGGCGAGGCCACGCGUGUGCUGGAUGAGGGCAAGGAAAGCGUCGUGGUUUUGAGAGAGGAUCCCGCGACACAUGCCUACACAGUAGUACAGAGAAGCUAUCCUGAGACUGUUCUAUUAAAGGUCACCGUUCUGAUCUACUACUGGGACGAGCGGGACGGGCCGAACUUCAACGGCUGGUGGAUCGGCCCCAAGGUUGGUGGUGAUCAGGUGUGGUCGCAGAAUGAAAACAGAUCGGCGCCGUCGCCUCCGACGCUAGGGUGGAAGGUGCCUUGGGAUGGCCCUGUGGAUGCCACACUGAAGGUUGCCCACGCCGGCGCUGCGGCGCCAGUGGGGGGCAAAGGCUUCCCAGCCCCCGGCAAGGGGGCCCCGGCUUUACCAGCCCCUGGCCCUGUGAACGCCCCUCCCAAAGCCAUUUCGGCGCCGCCGCCUGUGAGUGCUCCGGGCGCCAUGGGCGCUAUGGCGGGUUUCAAAGGCGGCAAGGGGCCUGGCAAAGGCACCAAGGGCAAGGGUUUACCGGCUGGCAAAGGCCCUGCCAUGGACCCGGAGGAAAUGAAAAGGAGACAGAUAGAGCGAGAGCAAGAGCAGAAAAAACGGCAGGAGGAGAUGAAGCGAAAAAGAGAAGAUGAUGAGGUGAGAAGAAAGGAGCAUAACGCUGUGCUGGCCGUCCGCAAAGCGAUCCAAAAGGUGCGCACAGCCGUUCCCGACACCUACGAUGCGCUGCGCCUGCAGCUCGAAGAAGCCCUGGCGGCCCAAUUGGAGUCCCUGGGGAGCCAAGCCCCAAAGGUCGGGCAAGAGGCUGAGCUAGCGCUGCAUCAGAUGCAACAGCGCCUUGAUGAGAUGCACGAUAGGAGACUGCAGGAGGACAACUACCGGGAGCUUGAGGACCAGCGCCGCAAAGAUGAAGUGCAGCAGGCCAUGCUCCUGGAGGCGGAAGCCAAGGAAGCAGCAGAGGAGCAGCAGGGAAAGCUCCAGGAGGCGGAGGAGGUGGCAAAGCAGUUAGAGAACGGGAACCAGGAUCCAGCGAAGAUGCUGGUUGCCAUCGAGGCUGCGGUGAAGUCCAUUGCAGCUGCUCGAGAUGAGGCGCAAAAUGUGCGUCAAGCCAUCCUCGACAAGCAGCGAGGCUUGAGUGAAAACGAAGCAACGCGAAAAGUCAAACGAGAGGUCAUUGACACGGCGGCCCGGCUUGGGCGGAGUGUGGGCGCAUUCGAGAGACUGCUCGCCUCUGUCAGCAACCGCCGGCACAAGGAAGAAGGAAAAGCGCUGGCAUUAAGGAAGCUAAACGAAAAGAAAUCCGAAUUCGUCAAGUUCGACCUUGACGGCGACCAGCAACUCAACCGAUCUGAAGUCGAGGCGUAUGCCAAGGCGACGUUGGCCUACGAGCUGCCGGCUGAUGUUUUGGACGCCAUAGUGAAGAAGCUGGACCCCGUCACCUUGACGAAGUUCCGGCCGCUGCAUCAGAAGUUGUAUAUCGCCAAAUCGGAGAUCCUUGCGCGAAAGGCGCGCUCCGAGGAGGAAAAGCGGCAAGCAGCGCUCGCAGAGAUGCGCGCGGCGGCCACCAGCGUCCUCGAGAAGGCGGAGGAUGUGCAAAAGAUUGCGGAAUCUGCUGCCAUCGACGCCGAGGAGAAGAUGCGGUUCCUUUUUGCGGAAAGGCCUGAAGCAUCCGAGAAGAUCGAGGGGGCUCUGGCGGAGGUCGAUGCCUUGGUUCAGAAGAUCGACGAGGCGUUGGCAGAUAGCCAGAGCCACCUCGAUGACGCUCAGCGCCAGUCUGACGCUAGCGAGGAUCUCAAGGCCAUGGGCUUCGAGAAGACGGUGCAGCGCCUCAGGGCCCGAGAGGCCCGGGUCCUGGCCCGAAGAGACCGCUUGCAGGGCAACGCGCAAUCCUUCCGGGACAAGGCCGUUGAGGAAAUGGGGCGAGGCGAAGCGGACGAAGAGCAAGGCAAAGAAUCACAACCUUCGUAG